CAGGUGUGGGCCAGGCACUGCACCCCAGACUCGGGCCACACUGAGGUCUGCCCUCCCACUGGCCAGCACCGAGGACACCAUGAGCCAGCAAGGGUCCCUGAGUUGCUGCCCGGGUGCCACCAACGGCAGCCUGGGCCGGUCGGACGGUGUGACCAAGUUGAGCGCCAAGGACCUUUUUGAACAGAGAAAGAAGUACUCCAACUCCAACGUCAUCAUGCACGAGACCUCCCAGUACCACGUCCAGCACCUGGCCACAUUCAUCAUGGACAAAAGCGAGGCCAUCGUGUCUGUGGACGACGCCAUCCGGAAGCUGGUGCAGCUGAGCUCCAAGGAGAAGCUCUGGACCCAGGAGAUGCUGCUGCAAGUCGACGACAAGUCUCUGCGGCUGCUGGACAUCGAGUCUGAGGAGGAGCUGGAGAACUUCCCGCUGCCGACCGUGCAGCACAGCCAGACCGUGCUGAACCAGCUGCGCUACCCGUCGGUGCUGCUCCUGGUGUGCCAGGACUCGGAGCAGAGCAGGCCCGACAUCCACUUCUUCCACUGCGACGAGGUGGAGGCAGAGCUGGUGCACGAGGACAUCGAGAGUGCGCUGACCGACUGCCGCCUGGGGAAGAAGAUGCGGCCACAGACCUUGAAGGGGCACCAGGAGAAGAUCCGGCAGCGCCAGUCCAUCCUGCCGUCUCCCCAGGGCCCGGCCCCCAUCCCCUUCCAGCGCCACGGCGGGGACUCCCCUCAGGCCAAGAACCGUGUGGGCCCGCCAGUGCCACUCAGUGAGCCAGAGGGCGUCCUGACGCUGCGGGCGCGGCCCCCCUCCGAGGGCGAGUUCGUGGACUGUUUCCAGAAAACCAAGCUGGCCAUCAAUCUGCUCGCGAAGCUGCAGAAGCACAUUCAGAACCCCAGUGCGGCCGAACUCGUGCACUUCCUCUUCGGGCCUCUGGACCUGAUCAUCAACACCUGUGGCGGCCCAGACAUUGCGCGCUCCGUCUCCAGCCCCCUACUCUCACGGGAUGCCGUGGCCUUCCUGCGUGGCCACCUGGUUCCCAAGGAGAUGUCACUGUGGGAGACUCUAGGGGAGACCUGGACGCGGCCCCGGUCUGAGUGGCCACGAGAACCACAGGUGCCUCUCUACGUGCCCAAGUUCCACAGUGGCCCACCCCUGGUCCUGCUGCAGGAGGCUCCUUGGGAGGUGGAGGGGCAGGCGUCUGUCCCCAGUGACGAGCUGACUCCCAAGAGCCGACUGUCCUUACGAAACUCCCCAAAGCACAGCCUCGCCUCUGAGCCCACAGCCCCGGGGGAUGCCCUACCACCAGUCAGCACCCCGCACACCCACAGGAGCUACCCGCCAACGCCAGCCAUGGCCAGAUAUGUCAAGAUCCUCUACGACUUCACGGCCCGCAACGCCAACGAGCUGUCGGUGCUCAAGGAUGAGGUCCUGGAGGUGCUGGCGGACGGCCGGCAGUGGUGGAAGCUGCGCAAUCGCAGUGGCCAGGCCGGCUACGUGCCCUGCAACAUCCUGGACGAGGCGCGCCCUGAGGACGUCGGCGCCCCCCUGGAGCAGGCCAGUCAGAAAUACUGGGGUCCCUCCAGCCCCACCCACAAGCUGCCCCCAGCUUUCGCAGGGAACAAAGACGAGCUGAUACACCACAUGGACGAGGUCAACGACGAGCUCAUGAAGAAGAUCACCCACAUCAAGGCGCAGCCGCAGCGGCACUUCCGCGUGGAGCGCAGCCAGCCCCCGCGGGGCGGGGCGGGGCCGGCGCGAGCCCGCCACGCCCACCGCUCAGCCCUCAAGCCCUCCGCCCCGCCCCCUACCCCUAGGGUCGUGGAGAACCUGGGCAUCCUGACCGGGCCCCAGCUCUUCUCGCUCAACAAAGAGGAGCUGAAGAAGGUGUGCGGCGAGGAGGGCAACCGCGUGUAUAGCCAGCUCACCGUGCAGAAGGCCUUCCUGGAGAAGCAGCAAAGUGGGUCAGAGUUGGAGGAGCUUAUGAACAAGUUUCAUUCCAAGAACCAGAGGAGGGCGGACGACAGCUAGCCUGGCUCCCCGCGCUCCUCACCCGCAGCCGAGGGGAGACUGCGCCUGCUGCGGGGCCCCGCCAGUACACCGAGUAUUACUUUUAUAUGCGUAUGUACUUUGUACCAAGGACAUGGAUGGGGUCCUGGGUGGGAGCCCUCCACUCCCGACUGGAGAGGGGGCUUGGCUGUUUCAAGGCACCCGGCCUGUCCCCAGGCCCACUGACCGCCUUGCCAGCCCCGACCACCCACACUCACCUACCAAACCACAGCCAGCCUCAGCCAAACCAACUGCGCGCGGUGUCAGCCCUGGUCCUUCCCCAAGGCUGCAGAACUCCCGGAGGUGGGGCCUGUCACGUGUGGGCCCCACCCCUGGGACACUGACCCUCCCACCAAGACUUCUGCAUCCACCUGCUCCCAGCGUGGGCUGGGGCUCCGAACUGGGCAGGCUGGCGGAGCUGGCACCCUUGCCUCCAACGUGCCCGCUGCAUUUCGCGGAGUGUGGCCGAGGGCUGCCUGGGGAGGGGCUUCGGACGGAGGCCUUGGGCGCCGCCCUUGGGUGGAGCUCCGCUGGGCCCCUUCACCCUUUCAAGGACCAAGGGUGGGCUGGAUGAAAGUAUGGCUGCAGACAGCCCCAGCCCUCACCGCGCAGCGCCCAGGACAGGAACUUGCUCUGACCAAGCUCGGCCCAGCAGCCCUGCAUGGUGUGCGCCCAGCCGCUGUUUCCGAACUUUGAGGGGGCCACUCCGAAGCCUGGAUCAUUAAACCUAAUACAUCUCCUAGCA